ACAAGUGUGAUACCGAAUCGAUUCGUGUCUCUACUAUUCUAAUCUUCAUCUUUGGCGCGACCUACAGGAUCACUUCGUCAUUGUUUGAGUUUCGUUUGGGUUGUCAAUUACUUCACCACGACGGGUGACAAAAGUUGUGUUGACAAGAUUUGGAUCUUUUUUUUUUUCUGUGAAUGAAGCUGUUGGUGACACAAUAAAAGGAAGAUCUCUUACUUUCGAAAUCGGAUUAGAUUUCUGUUUGUGAUGAAACCAAAAAAUGGAAAUGGUUCAAUGAUUCUUUUCAUUGAACUUUUGGUGUAACCGGAGGCAGCUUAUCAAGAAGGUGGCAAUCCCAACCGUUGUAUGAAUUUGGGCAUUUACAGCUGGGCAUCAUCAUCGCUGUAAAAAGGAGCCCCUAAACGAUCGCAAAAACCGCAGACGCCGCACUACAUUUAUCUAAUUAGCAACGUAACAGCUUUCCAUACGCAUCACAACUUAAAAACAGCUGGCAGCAUGUGCCGCCAACCGCAAGUAACGAGAAGCCUCCGGACGUUGAUCAAUUUUUCAGCAACCGAACGACGAGAAUAAUAAUUGUACAGUAAAUACUGGAACUCAACCAAAGGACGCGCACCUUUCUGGUCUUCCUUGUUGGUUUUUAAGUUUAACCAAACUCUAUCGAAAGCGAUAGUUAACACUGACUAGCUGACUGACUGACUGACCGUUGAUAGGAGAGGGUAUAUGAAGUAAGUUUUUAUACCCCUAUCAGCCAUCAGCUUUGCAUCGAUGAGUCAAACUCCGGUACACAAAUUUGAUGACCUUACCUGCAGUGGACCUAGACCGCCAGUGCCAGGAGAGGAGAGUCGUCGAAAGAUGACCGAUACUCUGCAACCGGAUAAAUCCCGGGAGUCGCCGCCGGGCUACUACCGCUGGGCUGACAAACUUCAGAAUCUGCUGGACGAUGGCGACGGAGCGGAACUUUUCAAGCGGUUUGUGGAGCUCGAAGGUGAAGAGCACGCAAACCGGCUCAAUUUCUACUUCGCUUGCGAGGGCCUCAAACAACAAACGGAUCCCGAAAGGGUGAUGCAGCUCAUUAAAGCUAUCUAUUGGAAAUUUUUAAAACGAGCUCCCAAGGAUUCGAGAUUGUACGUGGACGACCAGAUGCGGAAUAUGAUCAAGGCGGGCCUCAAGAAUGAGAUGAUCCUAACGCCGGACAUCUUCGACCAGAUGCAGGCGGACGUGGCUACCAUCAUCAGUAAGACUACCUACCCAAAUUUCCUGCAAAGUGAGUUGUACAUACAAUACGUGCAGAAUAUGCAAUCGAAUGGAAGCGGAAGCGGCAGCGGGGGUGCCAGCUGUGUCAGCAUUCCGACAAUUGGAGCCGGUCCGUCUUCCUCCGGUGGUGCAAUAUCUUCAAUGACCAGCAGCAGCUCUGCCUCGGAGCUGAUCUCACAUAGUUCCUCCGCCUUGCCAACGUUACACGAAGACUCAGAACUGGCCCACGCUGACUCGAUCGAGCAGCUGUACGGCGCCACCGGACCGGUAGUGGUCGGUCCGGGAGUAGCAUUUCCGUCACCUCCGGAGUCAGCGGAAGUGGCAGCAGUAGUAGUAUCAACAUGCCUUCCAACAAAACAGCAAUGACGCUUACCAAGGAUGCUCUUAUGGCCACGCAGAAAAGGCGACUGGAAAUGAGGCCACCAGGGUGAGUGAAGUUAUUUGUUUGGUAGAUUUUUUAGCGGUUAUUAUCUAGAUCUGCAAAUACGUGCUUGAAACUUGCACUUUUCUAGCUUUAUUUUGUUCAUUAGAGAAAUUUGAUUGUGUAGAAAUUUGGCAAAUAUUAUAGACACAGUUUUAAUAAGGUAAGAGAUUUUUAAACUUUGAAAACGUUCCAGGUUAAACAGUUUACAGGAAAAACUGAAAAAAAAAACUAGUAUUUAGACUCGAAUUAGCAAAAAACUGAAAAUUCCAAAUUUACUAUUUUAAUGAAGACUUACAUCAGGGUGGCCCUUAUUUUCCAAUUUUAAUAAAACCUAGCUCCCACCCACCAAUCUGAAUCCAAACAUUGAUACCGUAAAACGGGGUAACAUUGAUCACCGGGGUAACAUUGACCAACAAUAAUUUUUUCCACAUUAUCAUCAAUAACUCAGCCUUUAGUUUGAAUUUUGGAAAACUGUUUUCUACGUUUGAAAGCCUAUUAAUUGAGUAUCAAAUAGGCAAAGUUGUGGUUUGUAUUUGAAUUUUUUUCUGUAAGAAAAAAUGUAAUUUCAAAAUCUUAAAAUAUCUAUUUUUCCAAAGCUCGCAAACAAACAGUUCUCCUGAUGAUGCCAAAAAGCAUUUACAAGCAAACAGGUUGUUGAAUGUGAAAGAACAACUUUUUUUCUUUGUAUCUGUAUAGUUAUAGUGCUAUUUUUAUACUCAUUUAAUGAUAAAUUUUGUAUUUAAAAAAAAAAACCACAUUUUCCAAGAGAUAGCGCGUAUUGGAAAAUGGAUAGGAACCCUAUCAAAUGGUUAAUUUUGAACUAAAAAAAAAAGUGGAAAUAGUGAGAGGGACUAGGAGAAUGUGUGAAGGCAAAACUUCAUUUGUAUUUUUAAGCUAAAAUUAUUUAGCAAUUGUUAUAAUUUUUGCCCCUAAAUGUAUGCAACAUCAUUGACAUUUUUUCAAUUAUAAAUGUUUUAAAACAAAACGUUAAAAGCAACAUAAAAUUGAUAAACUAGCAUUCGUAAAUAUUAUGAAAGUGUUUUAUAUCCUUUAUGAUCAAGAAAUUCGAUAAACCGUCAAAAUAGAGACUGAUCAAUGUAACCCAAAGCAUCAAAUUUUGAACAGAGACGAAAUCGAUUUUAAAUCAAAUUUAAAGUAGACUAAUUAAUUUCUGCAACCAUGUUUUACGUUCAAAUGAGUCGAGUACUGGUUUUAAAAAUAUGAAACAUACCACAUUCGCUUUAACAGAAAAAAUAAUCGAAAAAUAUUGAAAAAAGUGAUCAAUCUUACCCCGGAUUACGGUACAUCGAACAGCUUUGGAAGGUUUAUUGAAAAAAAAAAGUGGUCAUCCUUUGUCCCAUGUAGAUACACAAGU